GUAGGCUAAGCCAUACAGUUAAGACGUAGUUUCCUAUUUGCGUGCCUUCCCAUUACUUGUUUGUAUGUGCUUAGGUACCUUGGUCCUAGGUAUGCUCCUACAGUUUGCUUGGUAAAUCGGGAUUGUACGAGAUAGGCUCUUGCCUAGAAUAUGGCCUUCCGUCCCAUACCUUCCUCCAUUAUAGUAGCAAGUAGGUAUAUAUCAGGAAGUCACCCACCCAGCAUUAGUCCCAAUGUUGGAAAGAGCACAGUUCAGUUUGUGAAUUGGGAAGGCGUAACCUCGUCCCCGAAAUCUAUAUAAAGCCUUCAACAUUCUACCGUUUCUUCCAUUUUUCUUCUUUCCAUACAACGCAUUUCACCCCAUCGGUACGAUUAUCUAACUUCACAGUUAACUCAUAUCGACUUCAACAUUGAUUCAUUCAACUCACAUCAAUUAUAUCCAAUCAACUUAUAUCUAUCACUUACAUCAUUCACUUACACUAUUCACUUACACCAACUAUAUACAAUUAACAUACACCAAUAACAGACAAAUCAAGUCAAAAUGUUCUCUUCACUACCCUCCUCUACCGAGAAGAGCAUGCUCCUCUCCCUCCCCCCCUACAUCCGACACCAAAUCUACCAUCACAUCAACAUUCCAGUGGACACAGUAUUACGCCCACAAAAUGAAUACAUCUUAUACAAUGCGGGCUGGCCGGCUUACAAUUCCAAGAAAAACCACCCUUCUACCAAAUCAGCUUUUCGUUUAUUACUCGUAUGUCGAGUAAUUAACUCCGAAGUCUCCCACCUCCUAUACUCUCAAAACACUAUCAUCAUAGACGAUUCAAGAGCUCUCUUAAACUUUAGGCCCACUACCAUUGCAUCCUUCACCUCUCUGAAGAUGGGCCUAAGCUACAUUUCGCAGCAGUAUAACGAUCAUUGCUGCCAUCUGUAUGGGAGCAACGAAAUAGAGAACUUCGACUCAACUGUCGCCGACUGGAAGGCGGCAGUAGACUAUAUUGCACCUCACAUUCAACCUAGCAAGCUAGUACUAGAGUUGAUAUGUGACACCGACUUAGAAAGGAACAAGCUCGAAAAGGUGAAGGCUGCAAAGGGUAUGGUAGCCCCUAUUAGCCAGCUACCAACCCUACUUGGCUGCCAUAUCCGAUUAGCCGCCAAUCCUAACAAAGCGCUUUACGAUAUUGCCAAAAACGCUGCCACCCGGGCUGUGAACCAGCGUCGAAAGCCAUUCCGAUAUUUCGAUUUGCCCUUCGAGAUACGAGAGCAUAUUCUCUCAUUCACAGACCUCGUGACACCCCCAAACGAGGUUGAGUUCGAGUAUGGCCGGGGAUAUAGGGUCUCCACCAAGAAUAAACGCAAAACCCGAAUUAGAAACCCAACAAACCACCCAACUGAUCACAGGAUAUGCUGGUCAUUCGACGAUAUAGAAAAGUUCACAUCUUUUUGGGAUGCUGAGGAUUUCCUCAAGGAGAAAGCGAAGACACCAUGCCGCUUUUCUGGCAUGAACCAGUCCACGGAGAACCUUCGAGGCCAUUGCUGGUGGCGUGACGAGUACUACAGCCAGUUCUACAGCUGCCCUGGUGCUGAUGAAAACUGCAAACGUAGUAUGAGGGAGCCUGGGUGCUUCUGCAGAGCACUACACACAGCGUACUCCCCCCUUUGCCGUUGCUGGGCGCCGCCGAGUGAACUUUUUGGUAUCAGCAAAGCUUUCAAAGCAGAUGCUGAGGCUGUAUUUUUCAGCCAAAACCAUAUCAUAGUCCGCGAAUAUUCGGAAGAGGUCCCAAUAAAAGUCGCGAAGGGUAUCUCAAUUGUCCAAUUUCUUGACAGCCUGUCUCCAGUUGCAAUCCGCAACCUUCGAUCACUAGAGAUAUGCCUGGACAACGAGAGUCUUCGCGACGAUGCUAAUCCAGAGGCCUACGAGGGUUGGCGGAGUGCUAUUGAGCGCCAUAAAAAUAAGCUCAAUCUACGCUUUCUUUGGAUUCAAGAGGACCAUAAAGGCCCUAGGUGGGGCUUCGAUAAAACCAAGAACUUCGUGCAUAGGAACAUAUGGUCUCUGGAAGAUGUCGGCAUCACGGCGCCAACCAGAACCCUAGCAUAUACAUCCUCGGACGACAAUGGCACGACGAGGUACUACUUGCGCCAUCCUUCAGAGAUAUCUGUGAUCAGGAUGAUGGAUGGGUAUGGGUCUCUGCAUCUUAUGAAUACGUGCCAGUUCCGGCCUGUGACCGAUGCCCCACCGAAGUUUGAUGAUGAUGGCGAGUCUGGGGGGGAAGUUGGCAACAAAGGCAAGAAGGUGGAAAAAUAUAGGGGCCCUUUGAUCGAAGGCUUCUUCCAUUGUUCCGCUACCAGGACACAACCUAUCUUCUAG